GUGCAAUGUGAUUUGGGUGGCGACUGCUGCCCCCGCGACCCGGUAACGGAUAAGCGGAUGAAAAUGGAUGGAUGGAUGGAUGGUGACCCAUCAGUGACCUUUGUCCUUGUAGUCUCACUGGAACAAGCUUGAUUUAUCAGACAAAUAGUUUGGUGUUCAGAACGUCUUCCCGUCUUUUCGUGGAUGAUGUUUGUAAAUGUCAUUGAUAUAAUUCUCCCUGAAUCUCCCUCAUCUCCCAGGUCUCUGUUCCUCCCACAGUUGGAGUGACGCAUUUUCCAUCAUCAGUAUAAAAGUCCAGCAGCUGACCCUCCCAUGCGCACGGUGCGCUCAUCGCGGAGCCACGGUGCCAAGAUGCAAAGAAGGGAAGCAGUUCCAAAACCCAAACUUUGAGCUGUGUUUGCCCCAGAUGGAGCUCAACGCCACCGCGUGGUUUAUGCCGCAGGACAACGUUUCCACCAGAAUCCUCAUCCCUGAGCAGGACCAGGAGCGAGAGGAGGAGGAGGAGGUGCUGACGCUCAGUUACCAGCUCCUCACCUCCCUGCUGCUCGGUGCGCUCAUCCUCUGUGCCAUCUUUGGAAACGCUUGCGUGGUUGCGGUCAUUGCUCUGGAGCGAAACCUGCAGAACGUGGCCAACUACCUGAUCGGAUCUCUGGCCGUCACGGACCUGAUGGUGUCGGUGCUGGUUCUACCCAUGGCGGCGCUGUACCAGGUUUUAAACCGCUGGACUCUGGGUCAGGUUCCCUGUGACAUCUUCAUCUCUCUGGACGUUCUGUGCUGCACCUCGUCCAUCCUGCACCUUUGCGCCAUAGCUCUGGACCGGUACUGGGCCAUCACUGAGCCCAUAGACUAUAUGAAGAAGCGGACGCCCCGGAGAGCAGCGGUUCUGAUCAGCACCACUUGGCUGGUGGGCUUCUCCAUCAGCGUGCCGCCUAUGCUCAUCAUGCGUUCCCAGCCAAACAGUGUGAGGAACCCGGCGGAGUGCAAGAUCCGCCAGGACCUCUGGUACACCAUCUACUCCACAUUCGGCGCCUUCUACAUCCCGCUGACCCUGAUGCUGGUUCUGUACGGCCGGAUCUUUAGAGCGGCACGGUUCCGGAUUAGGAGGACGGUGCGUAAAAGUGAGAAAAAGAAAAAAGUUUCCGACUCCAGCCCAGCUGCAGUGGCGCGGUCACCGGCUCUCUUCCACCACAGAGCUGCGGGUCACUUUGCGGCCGCCGCCUGCGGCGAUGUCCUGCCCCAGGGAAAAAGCUGGAGGAGCGGCAGCAGCGUGAAGCCGCGGCCGUGCGUCAACGGCGCCGUCAAACACGUGGAGGACGGAGAGUCUCUGGAGAUCAUCGAGGUUCACCAGGGCAACUCCAGGAGCAACCUGCCGCUGCCCAACAACUGCAGCAGCACGCCGCUGUUCCAGACCAGACACGAGAAUAAAGCCACCGAAGCCAAACGCAAGGUGGCGCUGGCGCGGGAGCGUAAAGCGGUGAAGACUCUGGGCAUCAUCAUGGGCACCUUCAUCUUCUGCUGGCUGCCCUUCUUCAGCGUGGCCCUAGUCAUGCCUUUCUGCCAGAGCGCCUGCCAUAUGCCUCGCUGGCUGCAUGACGUCAUCAACUGGCUAGGUUACUCCAACUCUCUGCUCAAUCCGAUUAUCUACGCCUACUUCAACAAGGACUUCCAGAGCGCCUUCAAGAAGAUCCUCAAGUGUCACUACUGCGCACCAUGAACCAUGGUUUUGAAAUUGUUCAAAUAAGACUUGAAACACAAAGACACAUUUCAAACAACAGGGGCUGAAGCAGAAAAUGGGGGUGGGAGGGGUGAGGGUGGGGGACACACUCCCUGCAUAUACAUUUUUGGGCACAGUCCCCUGAACAUUUACACUCAUUUAUUGUGUAAAAAUAAAUAUUUCUUUAAAUGUCAAAUUUAGAAAUCUCUAUACAGUAUAUAAAGAACACCAAGCUGUUAAAUAAUCAAUAAAAGAUUAACAGAGCUGUGCUAAUUAUAAGUACAUUUAUACUUUCGCACUUUAAUGAGUCUUAAAAUGUACUCAUCCAUAUUUAAAAAUAUUUUAUGAUACUAAUAUAUCUUAUUUUGUCUUGUUCUGGCUAAAUGGCCUUUGAAAAUUGUCACUAAAAAUAAUUUCCCAAACAAAGAAAAAAAAAGCACAUUUUAAAGGGUGUUGUUGUAAAUCACAAUAAAUACAUGAUUUAUGAUUUAAAAUGCUCCACCUGCAGGUCCAAGUCUAAACAUCUACGUGUCUUCAUUAUCUUCAAUAAAGAGAUGAUUUUUUUAAAGAGUCUCUGAGUCAUGAUUUACAUCUGAGAAUUAAAGAAUCACAAAAAAAUUAUAUUAAUAGUGAGUCAUAUUUCAACACUAUAGCAAUGGACAAAGUUUAUUUUAAUUGUACAAUAUGUAGUAUUUAGCAACAUCUGGUGGUGAUGUUCCCUGACGUUCCUGAAUGUCCAACUCUUCUAACAAAAACUGAAGAGUUUCUUGGUUGUAACGCCGUGCUGAGGUCUGGGGUUUUCAACCAUGAAACUAAAUCACAACAUGUCACUGAGUUGUUCAGUACUGUGAGGGUUUUUUUUUUUGUCUUUUUGGCCUGCCUCCAUUAAACAACAAAACACACAUGUGGGUCCCACACCUCACACACACUCUGUGCAUACGUUCACACACAUCCUUACAUAGAACACCAACGUUCAAUCCAGUGUUUCGGGCCUC